GGGAAAAUGAAGCCUGUUGUUGUUGUCCAUGGUGGUGCUGGUGUAAUUGUGCAUGAAAAUGCAGAAGGGUACCGUUCUGGAGUAAAGAGAGCAGCCCUCCGAGGUUACGAUAUUCUGAGACAAGGUGGGGACGCAGUAACGGCAGUAGAAGAAGCUGUGGUUGUGCUGGAAGAUGAUCCGCAUUUCAAUGCAGGCAAUGGAUCUGUUUUGAAUGAAGAAGGAGACGUUGAGAUGGAUGCUAUUAUCAUGGAUGGCAAGGAUUUAUCCUCGGGAGCUGUCUCUGCAGUCAGAUGUAUUGCUAACCCAAUAAAACUUGCUCGCCUUGUAAUGGAAAAGACUGAUCACAUGCUUUUAACGUGUGAAGGAGCAUCACGGUUUGCAAAGUCACAAGGCAUCCCAGAAAUUCCUGGUGAAACACUCAUCUCUGAACGCUCAAAAGAAAGAUGGAAGAAAAAUCUAAACGCUGGUUCAAAACCAAACACCACCUGCCAAAUAGGUAUGGGGACUGUUGGGGCCGUAGCUGUUGACAGCCAAGGAAAUGUGGCUUGUGCGACCUCUACUGGUGGACUCUCUAAUAAAAUGGUUGGACGUGUUGGAGAUACCGCAUGUAUAGGUAGCGGGGGCUAUGCUGAUAACAACAUUGGUGCAGUCUCUACUACAGGACAUGGGGAAAGCAUUAUGAAAGUAACGCUAGCCAGACUUAUACUGCAUUAUAUGGAACAAGGCAUGUCUUUGGAGGAGGCUUCAGAUGCAGGUCUGAACUUCAUGAAAACUCGAGUAGAUGGCAUUGGUGGAGUUAUAGCUGUCAACAGUGCUGGUGAAUGGACAGCAAAAUUCUCUACUAAGCAAAUGUCAUGGGCUGCUGUUAAAGAUGAAAAUCUACAUUGUGGCAUUUAUCUUGGGGAAAAUGAGAUUACUCCGCUUCCUGAAACUGUUUGAAAAUUCGUUUGGCAUGUUAUG